AGUAUUUCUAGUGUCUGUUUCAGAGCUUACUCAGUAUUUUUGUUAGUUUUUUAGCAUUUAAUUAAAUGAAGUGCACUUAAAAGUUAACAUGUCGGACAUCAAAAGUGCGCUUCUAAUGGAAGCGGAAGCUAUGCAAAGAAUGAAGAAAAACAGAGAUUCAACAUUAAGGGUAAGAGGAACUGGAAUAGUAAACCCGAUGUGUGGAUUACAAACCACGUCCACCAACCACCAGAUAUCGAACAAAACUUCUAAAUUAGACGCCCCAGAUUUAAUGUCAUUUAACGAUGCACUGCCUUCAUCAGGCGACACAGAUGAUUGGACUGCCUUUGAAAGUGGUGUUUCAUCUAAGAUUGGUGUUACAUCCACAAAUAACGAUUUCAACCCUUUUUUAAUAACAUCGAACAUUAACAACCAAGCGUCUCAACCUCAGAAUAUAUUCUGGUCCAACUCAAGCACAUACCACAAGACUCUCAGUCAGGUCAAGUCCUUUCCCAAUAUUAACCCAACGCAAAACUUCACCCCAACUCCUGGACGACCUGCAACUGCAUCACCCAGUACUUCAUCAGAAGACAUGUUUUUUAAAACAACCUCAGUGGACUCAAGGGUAAAACCUUUUCCUGCGGUAAAUUAUCGAAAUAAUUCAACUCAACAGUCCAUGGAUUUAAACAACUGGAAAGAUUUACAUAACUUGUACAUGUUGCCCAGAACUCAAAGUUUUACCCAUCAGCCUUUUAAAAGAAGUAACCAGGCAUCAUUCAGCUUACAAAACCCAAAUGUUUUGAGUUCUAUUCAAAACAAAGCGGCUUUUAAAAGGCCAGCUUCAUGUGGAAGCUUUAAUGGUUUAAGACCAGGUUCAUUCAGUGAGAAUGUUACGUAUCCUGCUACAAACCCAUUUUCAACAGCAAACGGCACUCAACUUAAUUUCCCAGAAAUGAAAGCACCCACAACAAAGGUUCUUCAGCCAGCAGAAACAGAAGUUAAGGAACAGGUGGGAGGGUGGAGUGGGAAUUAUGAUCACGUGUUUGACGACUGGUUUAAAGACGUGAAAGAACAAACCUCCACACCUGGCGUAUUUGAUACAGAAGGAGUAAAGCAACAGCCCGAUUGGUUAGAAUGGGAUCCUUUACACCAGACAGGGAGUGAAUGGAACUCAAGUAAAGACGCCUUAGCUCCAGACGCAAGUCCAAGUGCCAAUACUUCUCCAUCCAAGGUUCAGAGCAUGUCACCAGCCAGAGAGAGAGAUAUUUUUGGUCUUUAUGAUGCUGAUACACCAGAGGAUGACAAUGUUUCACCAAACCUGCCACAAAAUGAGGUUUCUUCAGUAACUGAAUUAAAUGUGGAUUCUGCAACCGACCUUGAACGUUUUGCUCACAUGGUGGCGCAACUGAGAGCGGGAUUCACGCACCUCGAUCAGUUAUGUAACCCUGGUCAUGUGGUGGGGCUCAUGGUGCAGUCGGACCAUGCAAUAAAUACAGGAGACCGUCAGCAAGAGGAUGAUGAUUCUACAGUCAGAGUGUCAAUAUCAGCAGAUGGUAUUACACAACCUGUAACUUUUGAAUGUGACAUAAACUCAUCAGUGGAACAUAUAGUGAGCCAGGCGUUGUGUAUCGCAUAUGAAGAUAUAUCUCUCGUCUCCACUGAUGACUAUGCAUUUAAAAUCAUCGGCCGACAAGAAUAUCUUCUUAGCAAAACUCACCUAGGUAUGUAUCACUACGUGCGUGAGUGCAUUAAGUUCGAACAAGAUGUCACGCUUGAGUUGGUUCACAAAACGAACAUCGACCAUUCUUUACGCAGAACUCACGACGACGACAACAAACAGACAGUGAUGAAAGAAUUUCUCUCAGAGUUAGGAAAACCAUCGACCGUUCUAAGCAGAGAUGAUAUUCAGAUUCUUCUUGAUGCUUUUUAUAAAGAAGCUGAGAAAUUGUUGGAUCUUGUGAAAACUGAGCCUGGAGAAGCAGUGUUGACCCAACAAUGUGACCGCCUCAUGCAGACAGUCAAGGCAACAUGCUGUUCAUUUGGAUACCUGGAAACACUGGGCAUCACUGAUGCUGCAAAAACACUGUGGGGCGGCGUGCUACAACGUAAACCAACUUCAUCAAAACAAGAUGAUGGACUUGUUCAUGAUUUGGUUAAACUUGAUCAGCCCAAGCAAGAAAAUAAAGAAGAUUCUCCACAUGUACAUUGUGUGCGUGCUGCAUUAGAACAACUAACAUCUGUACUGCUUGAUAUCUCACAACUUUACUGUAAGGCAUUUGAAGUUGACGCAUACUCGUUAAGCAACAGUUUAAAUGCCACCCCUCCCCCUAAAGACAAGAUAAAGUCAACUCAAGUAAAGGAUUUGUACUCGGUGCAUAUUAUGUCAUUACAUCGCUUUCCUAAACCAUGGGAAACUCAGUUUGAAGACUUUCACAUAAUAUGUCAUCUUUAUCAUGGUGAAGAAAAACUAAGUUCAAACAACGCAUCUACAAAACCAACCUCCAUUAAUAAGAGUUUUUAUCCAAGGGUAGUCUGGGAUACCUGGGUUGAAUUUGAUAUCCGUGUAUGUGAUCUUCCAUUAGAAACCACCCUUCGUGUUUAUUUACAUGGCACUGUAUCUUCUGAUGACAAAGUCACGUCACGACCUUUAUGUUGGCUCAAUAUUCCAUUGUUCGAUCAUAGAAGAGUUCUGCGGUACGAAAGUUGCGUUUUCGGAAUGCACUCUAUGUCAAAACUCCGACCGAAAACCCGAGGUGCUUUUCACGGUCCACUGAUUUGCUCCGAUGACAUCACAAACAUCGAUAAUCCGAUCCUCCUCCUCCAGUUUGCGGAGGAGAAAAAUCCAACUACGUGUGUAGUUCACUCACAAGUGGAGGAACAUCAAUUAGAACCUGUAAAGUGGCAAAAUUUAGAGUCAUUACAGCAACCAGAUGCGCUUCAAAAGGUGCUGGGUCACGCAAAGCUUACAGUAGGACCAUUAUGUAACUUAUCACCCACAGAAAAGGCUGUGUUAUGGAACCACAGGCAUAUAAUUGGAGCCCCAGAUUGUGCUACAGCAUCAGGUGUUGGCCUUCCAUUACUACUAAGGUGUGUUCCAACAUGGUCACCAUCUUCCCCCCACCCCAAAGCAGCUUACCAGCUACUUUCAUCGUGGCCACAACGACCACAACCUGAAGAAUCACUUGCUUUGCUAUCUGGACAAUUUCCGGACACUCGUGUUCGCACUGCUGCCAUCCGGUGGUUGGAAGCUGCAGAGGACAUGGACAUCGUCUCAUGGUUGUCGCAACUUGUUCAAGCUCUUCGUCAGGAGCAACACCAUGACUCUCCUUUGGCUCGAUUGCUCCUCCGGAGGGCGCUAGGGAGCGUGAGAAUUGCUCAUAAGCUGUUUUGGCUUCUUCGAGAAAAUAAAACUGACGAAUUAUUUGGUCCUCGCUACAAAAUUAUUAAUGCAGCUCUACUGACCACUUGUGGUUCAGCGCUUAAAAAAGAAUUUGACAAAGAAGUUUACUUUCUUAAAAAAGUUCACCGUGUUGCCGAAUCGGUUAAGGAAGCCAAAGACUCAAUAAAACAGUCAACACUGACAGAUGAACUCAGCAAAAUCUCUUCACGCAUUGGCGGACAUAAAUUCAGAGUUCCAACCAACCCAGCGUUGAUAGCAAACGGGAUAAAUGUCAAGAAUUCAUCAUAUUUCAAUUCAAACGCCAUUCCUAUUAAAAUCUCCUUCAUGAAUUCUUGUAAAAACGGAGGAGAAAUCAACAUAAUGUAUAAGGUUGGUGAUGAUAUAAGGCAAGAUGCUCUUACUAUGCAACUGAUACGUGUGAUGGAAAACAUGUGGCUGGCUGAGGGAUUGGAUCUUAGGAUUGUGACAUUUGAUUGUCUGCCUACUGGACUUAACCAAGGUUUGGUUGAACUGAUUGGAGAAUCCAAGACAUUACGUGAAAUACAGUCAAGUUAUGGUUUAACUGGAGCUUUUAAAGAUCGUCCUAUUGCUGAGUGGUUGGAAAAAUAUAACCCCACUGGUAUCAGCUACGAGAAGGCAGUUGAAAACUUUACUUUAUCAUGCGCUGGAUACUGUGUAGCAACAUAUGUUCUCGGUAUUUGCGAUCGCCACAAUGACAAUAUAAUGUUAAGAAGCAGUGGACAUCUUUUCCACAUUGACUUUGCGAGGUUUCUUGGUCACGCUCAAAUGUUUGGAAACAUUAAAAGAGAUCGCGCUCCUUUUGUCCUCACAUCAGACAUGGCUUAUGUAAUAAACGGAGGGGAUCGGCCAAGCUCACAAUUCCAAGAUUUUGUUGAUGUUUGUUGUCGAGCGUUUAACAUUGUACGAAGUCAGUCGCAUGUAAUCAUCAACUUGUUAUCAUUGAUGUUGGACUGUGGAAUUCCUGAACUGAGCAGUAAAUCGGAUUUGAAAUACGUGUACGACGCACUUAAACCUAACGCUGCUGAAACUGAAGCAACAACUAUGUUUACAAGACUCAUCGAGAGCAGUCUCUCCUCUUCCUUCACUCGAUUCAACUUCUUCAUCCAUAAUCUCGCCCAGCUCCGAUUCCUCAGCAACGAUGAGGAUGACAAAAACACGCUCUCAUUUGCUCCUCAGCUCCAGAGUCAUCGGGAUGAAGAUGGCACCAUCGCCAUGGCAACUGUGGUGGGAUACCAGAAGCGAUACAGUCCGGGAAAAUAUUACAUGUUUUGUGUAAAAGUAACACGUGAGAAAAACACAACCACGAAAGAUUCUUACGUCUUCCGAACUUUUAGCGAGUUUGAAGAACUUCAUCGCAAACUUUCCUUUGUUUACCCUUCUAAACUACCAAGCUUUUCUGACAGCGUUGUAGUUGGUCGCUCGCAAGUCAAGCAAGUUGCUGAACGAAGGAAAAUCAAACUUAACUCGUAUCUCUCGUUUUUGUUUAAAUCUCAAAAAACCAUUGCUAUGCAUGACUUAGUCUACACAUUCUUUCAUCCAAUCUUACGAGAUGAGGAAAAGGUGACGAAAACAGUUCCAAAAUCUCCCGAUCUAACGGUCGGUGGUGAGAUCAAAGUCUCUUUGCAUUAUAAGAACAACUAUAUACUGAUUUUAAAGAUCUAA